AUGCCUGUUACGCUCGAUACGCGAAAGCCUGUUGAUUUGUUACCGUUUCGAAGCCCCGAUACAGUUUCGACGUUUCAGAUCGUCGUAGCGGCGACCCUCGUCGUCGUAACCGUUGCCAAAGAUGAGUCCACGAAAAGUCGCGAUAAGAGACAACAGGUUGCGUUUUAUCCAAGAAGAGGAGGCAGACCGCCACCUUACGCGGUUCAGAUGGAACCCAUAGUUCAGUAUUCCCAGAGGGAUCCGCUCUACAACCCUCUGGCUAACUCCAAGAGCGACGAUUUCUACGAAGAGGGUCCCUUGAAUUACUAUCCCACCGAACCGGAGCCGAUCAUCGAAAUUAUCAUCAAGGAAUCCAACGAAUCCCUACCGACGCCGGUGCCACCCCCUCCACCACCGACGCCGAGGCCCACCAAGGAACCCAUCCAAGUAUUUUACGUGAAGUACGAGAAGAAAAAGGGCUACGGGUCGGACAAACCGCGCGUUAUUUACGAUCCCCCCGUACCCGCGCUCACACCUGUCGAAGAACACGAAGAGAUCAAGCCGGAUAAGACGGCGUCUUACCCAGAAGAACCUGUUCACACGGCGACACCGGCACCGACGGAACCUUCUACGACUUUGAGAGCGAUCAUUCGACCCGAUAGUGAAGUGUACCACUCCGGAUCUAGCGGUAUUCGCGUUACUUUUGGCACAGACCAGGUACCACCAAACAACCACAACAAGCGUAGCGACGCGGAGACACCGUCCACUCAACACUCCAAGCCGGCUACCUCUGCUCCAGGUUCACCUAAAAGGCAACACGGUCCGUACCAACCGAUUCAGCCUGUGCUUCAAAGAGUGCCGCCUGCGUUUCCCCAGCAGAGGAUCGCAAACUCGUUUCUGCAGCAGCAGCAGCAGCCUCUCCAUCAGCCGCCCCAGCAACAGCCGCCGCUAAAUUACUUGCAACAACAGCCGUCGUUUCCAUCUCUGCCGCCACAGGUGAGAAACCCGUUGCCGAGGCCCCAACGGUUGCCCAUAACGAUUCAAGGCUUACCGGAAGUGCAGCAACGCGCGCCGUUCAACAGCUUCGGGCCGCCUCAUCGCGUCAGUAUCACUCACCCGCAGCAACCAGGAUUUCCCCCGACCCUCUCCGUUUCCCAUCAAAGUGUCCACAUACAGAACCAACAAUUACCGAUCAAUCAACCCGGUCACUUCAACGGGGAUCAGCAGCAACCACUGCCUAUAAACAAGCAGCAGGAGUUGGAGAAGCAGAGAUACCACGAGCAACGCCGUCAGCAAGAGUUGCUGAAGCACCGCGAGCAUCAAAGGCAGCACGAGCAACAGAGGCUCCAGGAGCAUCAGAGGUUCUUGGAACAGCAGCGACAGACGGAUCAGCAGAGGCAGGUCGAUCAACAUAGGCAGAUAGAGCAACAGAGAUUGCUGGAACAAUCGCGGCAACACGAGCAACAGAGGCAACAAGAUAAUCAAAGACUGCAAGAGCACCAGAGGUUACAAGAGCAACAGAGAUUGCACGAGCAACAAAGGUUGCAAGACCAGCAGAGAUUCCAGGAAGAACGCAAGAGAAAGCAAGAACACGAACAGAAAUUCUUGCAAGAGCAGCAGUAUCGUUCGCAGUUGAAGUACAAUCAACCGUCAUCGAUACAAGGCAUACCUCAAAUACCGAUUCAGUCUCCGAUUCAAAAACCCGAGGGGGAAAUUUUCAAAGCUGUGCCAAAAUUGGAGCAGCACUAUGCGAUUAGAGAAAAUCCACUUCAUCCUGGUCCUUUCCCGCCUAACACCCAAAUUCAACCGACAGGAUUCGCGGAACCCUCGCAAAACCAAUACAUUUCCUCCCAACCCCCCAGUCCAUCGCCAGAAAAUCAACCUCUCAUCCGAAAUCCAUCGAAUCAAUUCGUAAACGAUCAGCAGCAGCACCUGAACACGAAACAGCAAAUCUUCCAAAAUCAACAGCAAGGUUUCUUCUCGCAAACUCUGCAAACAUCUCAACAGCAGCAGCAGCAGCAGCAGCAGCAACAACAACAACAACAUCAACAACAACCACGAUUCCCACCGUCUUCUCAGCGAUCAUCCAUCUGGGGACGCCCGUUCUUUGGAAACAGCCCGAGUUCUUCGCACAAGAUUUACGCCACUCCCGUCACUAAUACCGAAGAUUUCAACGCGAUAUCCACAAUCAGGCCCUUCAUAUCGAGCACAACAACAACUACCACGACGACAACUACCACAACCACCGAAGCGCCAACGACAACGACGACACUGUCUCCGAAGAGCGAAGCGAAGAUCAAGGAGAACAUCGCCAACCUGCCCGACGAAGUUCCCGACGAUAUCAGGGAGCAGCUGUUGAGUUCCGGUAUUUUGGGCAACGCCGAUAUACAGAUACUGGAUUACGACAAGGUCGGCGACAUACCGAUCGAGAAACUUCCGCCCGAGGCGCUGGCGAAUUUCUACGGCGCCGGAGGCGGUUCCGCGGUGGCUGCCAGCGAACCGGUACCGUCGAUCGUCAAGAGACCCAAAACGGAAGACAGCGCUUCUUCUGCGACCUCCUCUUCUUCCACUUCCUUAGCCGUUUUGGCGAAGAAGGCGGCUGCCGGGAGCUCGACUAAGUUCGAGCAGGCCACUUUGCGUCCGGGAGGCGUGGAGAUGAAAGUAGUACGCUUCGAUCCGAAUACGGAGCAAGGCCAGGCGCUGGCCGAUCAGCACAUACGCGAUGAUGCUACCAGACUUCAGCCUGUAAACGUGGGAGCGAGGGACGAGGCUCAAUACAAUCGUUAUUUGCCGCUCAAAGUCAGCGGUGCUUCCUUCCCUAUCCCAGACGUGCCUCAGCUAGACGGUCGAAAGAUCUCCAGCGUGGUAGUGUUGGCACCCGUCGACUAUAACUUUCAUGAGGAGAAGGAGAUAGAGUCGAGGCAGGGCAGACGGGUGAGCGAUGUCCAGGCAGUCAAGUUUCUCGCCGGUAACACUCUCAAGCAAUUGGUGAAAAAGCCAUCCACGGAGAACUACAAGAAGUGGUUGGACCAGGAGAGCCGUACAGAGCCGCAGAAGCAGUCGGUGGUACUUCUGGUAACCAUGCCAAACGAUGCGGACCAAGGUGAGAAAGAAAUCUUCAUGUACGACGUGGUCUCACGAUCUGUGAGUAAAUUAUCCGGCGAUUUGUCUACCGCCUUCGUGGAUGCUGCCGAAAGUAAUUCCGACAGUAACUUCGACGAAUCGAGUUUCCCAUCGCACUAAGCUGUACGAACGCUACGGCAUAACAUAGCAAGAAGUUACUUAAUAAAGAAAAAACAAACCACACCUGUUUAGCGUGCCAAGCCUGGAUAUGACACAAAACGUUGUCAUUUCCCAUGUUAUCUAACGAUUACAACGAACGCGGAACAAGGUUUAAGAGAGGUAAAGGACAUAAAACUAUAAGUACCCUUGUAGAUAUUUUAAUUAUGUAUUAUUAUGUAUAUACUGAUUUUCUAUUUUUUUUUUUUUUAUACAAAAUAAACGCAAUCCUUUUGUACGUCCGAACUGUUCACUUUGUUACUCUGUGAAAGAGUCCUGAAAUGCCCUGAGUCUAAAAAUGAAAAAAAAAAGAACGUGUUACAAAUUCUCUAUGCUCGGAUGUGUAUACCUGUGUAUUAAUUAUCUUCCCCUCCCAUGUAAAUACCUUCAGGUUUGUUACUCACACGUUUAAUUAAACAGGAAAAGAUUUAAUGGAAGUGUAAUUUAAAUAAUUUGACUCAUGGUCUAAAGCCGCAGGAUGUCGACCUCUACCCCAUUGCAAACAUUAUAAGAAACCUACACGGAUACAAAACGGAAGUUUUUAAUUUGGCCACCCAUUUAAAUAAACUUAACGCUGCUUCGGAUCGGUGUACCUAAAAUUACGAAGUUCCUAUAACUCAAUUCAAUGUUUGAUGACAACUUUAAUUGAAUUGAGGAAGUUCAAUUUACAACCAAUUUACAUGUAUCGUCGUUAAUAAACUGGAUACAAUUA